AUGUUAAAUCCAAAUACAGAGCCGAAUGUGUCGAUCAGAGAGCUGGACAUACCGGUGAACGCUGUGGCCACUGCUCUGAAAGACUUCUUCUCGAAACGUUUGCCUCCACUCAUACCGUCAACACUGAUGGAUGAGUUGACAGAAUUGUCGGCUUUUGGUGAGAAGAGCAGUCGUUUGACUUCAUUCAAGGAUUUCUUGAAAAGCCUUCCAUUAGUUAACUUCGAAGUAAUUAAAUUCGUUUUCAAACAUUUUGUAAAAGUGACAGAUAAUUGUCGACUGAAUAGUAUGGACAGCAAGAACUUAGCGAUCUGUUGGUGGCCAACACUCCUUCCGAUUGAGUUCAACGAUAUGCUAGUCUUCGAGCAAAUGAGACCACAUUUGGAGGACUUCGUGCAGACAAUGAUCGAUGAGUUCGAGUUC